UCAAAUGGUGCAAACUUAUUCAAGUCAGAACCCUUGCUUUCCCCUUGUGUAAAAAAAAUGGUGUGGUCCUAUAUAUACCUUCUGAGCUUCUUAUCCAAAUUCUAUCAUCUCACUUGUCUUGAAUCAGAUUCAUUGUUUUAAGAAUUCAAUUGUGAUUUGGGAAAGAGAAGAUGAGAAACCAAGUAAUGUUCAACCGAGGAGUAUCCACUACUUUGAUGCCAGCACUACUGGUCUUUCUUCUCUUCUUCAUUAAUGUUGAUGUUCAAGCAAGAAAUGUUGUACAGGAAUGUGCUCCUUCUUCAUGUGGGAACGUUCGAAACAUCAGCUACCCAUUUCGGCUCAAGGGCGAACCCAACAACUGCGGUGACCCAGACUACGAGCUCACCUGCGACAACAACAAUGACACCAUCUUGGAGCUCAAUUCAGGGAGAUACUAUGUCAAGCAAAUCUCCUAUGACCGUCAUAUCAUCAGAGUCGCCGAUAUCAACUUGUCAGACGGCAAUUGCAGUUUACCAAACAAAUCUCUGUUACGGCAGGAUAUUGAGAAUGAUCGUCGAUUCAGAGCCGACUUGCUCAUCGGGCGUACGAGUGCAAGCUUCGUGAAUUGCUCAACACCCAUCGAUGAUCCCAAGUACAGAAGUCUUCCUUGCUUCGCCACCAACACAUCAAAUGCUUACGUUUUGUAUGAUCAUCAGCAAACGCUAUCUGGUGAUUCUGGUCUCUACAAUUCUUGCACGUUCAUCUCAGUGGUUCCUGCAGUCUUAAGUAAUGCAAAUAACCCUUCGUAUGAGACCAUACAGAAACUACUUCAGAGGGGGUUCGAUCUGGGAUGGUCGGUUGAGUGCCGGAAUUGUCUUCGGAAGGGCAAAUCUUGUUCACUUAGUGAAAUCACCGAUCCAUUGAUUUUUCAGUGUGAUGAUAAUUGGGUACUAGAAACAAUUAAGAACGUAAUGUUGGCGCUGUUAAGGGAUGUGGUACUCUCUCUAAUAGCACUGAGUUUCAUCGCUCGGAUUAUAGUUGUACUGCUACUCAUGUCUGUGUUCCUCAUCUACAAGUUACAAAAUAAACAAAAGCCCAUAAUUGUCAUAGACAAGUUUCUACAACCCGGAGCCAGACCCAGAACUUCCUCUUUAUUAAAUAGUUGAAUGUUCAAUUGUUAAUAGUGUUACACAGUUUUGUAGAACUUCCUCUUUAUUAAAUAGUU